GUGUAUAAAAAUCACUUUGCACAGGGGUGAGCUGCUGUUUCAAUCAAUAUACGAACCGAUUCUAUAGUUUAUCAUUCAGUGUUCGAAAAUGGCAAAAAAAGUGUUGAUUGUGUACGCCCAUCAGAGCUCUGGCUCAUUCAAUGCUGCAGCUAAAGAUGCUGCAGUGGAAGUUUUAACAGCUCAGGGGUGCACAGUGGAAGUAUCAGACCUGUAUGCUAUGAACUUUAAAGCCACUGCUACUACAGAAGACAUCACUGGACAAGUUAAAAAUGCAGAACACUUUCGUUAUGCAGAGGAGACCAAACUGGCAUGGGAGGAGGGAAAACUGUCUGCUGAUAUCACUGAAGAACAACAUAAACUCACUGAGGCAGACCUUAUCAUCUUUCAGUUCCCCAUGUACUGGUUCACUGUACCUGCAAUCAUGAAGGGCUGGUUUGACCGGGUGCUUACACUUGGCUUUGCCUACUCACAAGAUAAGCGAUACAGCCUUGGAAUCUUCAAGGACAAGAAAGCCAUGCUGUCCUUCACCACUGGCUCUCAUGAGUCCAUGUUUAGUGCAAAUGGCAUCAAUGGAGACAUGAACGUCACACUGUGGCCACUGCAGAAUGGUAUUCUGCACUACUGUGGCUUCAAAGUUCUGGCCCCUCAGAUCUACUGGGCUCCAUCUCACAUUCCCCCAGAGGCCUGCACCACAAUGCUUGAGGCCUGGCGUAAACGACUGCAAGGCCUUUUGGAGGAAGAGCCGCUUACCUUUACUCCCUUGGACUGCUUUGAUGGAGAGAAGGGUUUCCAGCUGAAGCCUGAGGUCCAUGAGAAACAUGCCUCCAAGGAGUUUGGUCUGACAGUGGGGAUCCACCUGGGAAAACCACUGCCACCCAACAACCAGAUGAAAGCUGGAGUCUGAAGAUGGCAGGUCCUACCUGUCUUCAAUUGUAUGAAAAUAAAACCCCUGAAAUUCUGA